AUGUCUUUCUUCGUGGAUAUCGUCACCGAGGACUCGUUUUACGAGAACUUAACCCUUGGAGUCGUAAAAAUCUUAGAAAAUAGCCCUUGCGUGAGGAAUGUCCUGGUGGAAAGAAGAAAUGCUUGCGAUAGGAACUCAUUGACCAGCUGGGAACAAAGACAUUGCUGUGUCCUGCCGGACGACCUCAGAAAUUUUUAUUCGUCGAUUGACGGUUUUCUAUUGACAUGGUCUUUCGAAGUAGCGGGCGAAGAGUUUCCCGUGGGCAGAUGCGAGAUAGGUACGUUAUCCGCACUUAAGCGUUUCCUCGGAUCUAAGGAACAACAGGCCGAGGCUGAUGCAAAUCUGCAAGACGAUCCUCAAGUUCCAUCUUUUAGUACUCGCUGUAAAUUGUUCGAGAUUGGACAGUGCUCGUCGAGCAAGGUCUUUUUAACGUACGUGAGGCCUGAUAUAGAGCCCGGUGUUUGGCUGUACCGGCAAAAGACCGAUCGAUGGUACCAGCUAGCCGACAGCUUUACAAAGUAUUUUAGGAUGAUGCUGGUGCAUCUAGGGCUAUCUCUUUGGCAGUACUGCGCCGUAGGACUACCCCUGCCAACAUGGAUAGAGCAGAUUUAUUUCUUGGUUGGGCCCCACUUACUUCCCGAAACUGUAAAACCAACAAAAACGGUUUCCACGUCGCUUUGGGUCGAUGGUCCGCUCAAUACCAUUGACUCGUCGAUUUUCAAAGGCCGUGAGAACAAGGCGAAGAACCUCAAAAAGAAAUAAAACCGAGCCGAGCGAUCGAUUUACACAAAAACACCCUUGAAGCACCAUAUCCAAUGUAUCGUCUAUAUUUCCAUCUUGUAUUUCUUUUCUUUUUAAGAUCUCUAUUGGCCUCUUCAUUGUGCCAAUAAAUGUAAAAGUUCGUGGAAAGGGUUCUUACGACGCCCCAAUAAAUCCAAAAGUUAAGUGAAGUAAGUCCAAAGUGCGCCCCAUAUUUUAUCUUGAUCAAGUCCAAUAGAACUUUUGGGCGUUGCACAUUCGGCAGGAG